CCCGGGUUCGGGCUGCGCCCACCCAUCUCUGAGAAGCCUACGCUUCGUGAUUUCGCCUCCUAGCUGGUCUCUGGUCUGCCAAAAGGUCUCCAAAGGCCCAGCUGGACGGCGGCUCAGAGCACAGAGCGCAGUGCACGCCCCUUGACACCCCACUUAUAGGUCUCGGUCUCCCGGGGCUCAGUUGGUUUCUCUGCCCGCCCCUAAAAGGCGCAGCCCUGCCGGUCUGGCCCUUGUAGGUCUUCCACUUUCCAAUCCCGAGGGCGCGUCCAAGCGACGGCCUGGGGAGACAGAUUAGGGGUGGGACUGUGCCUCAACCCGCACCUCAGUUUGCGCUUGGCAUGGGGGCCUGGGACCCACAAAGUAGCCACGCCUGCCCGCUGCCAGCCGCCAAGGACUGCGCUGCCAGCCCUGGAGGCGGGGAGCCGAGGAAGAGGCUGGCUCGGAGAAGUUACCCUGAAGGUCCCCAAGUUGAUGGUGGUGGGGCGUUCCAUCCCCAAAGGCUACCCACGGCCACUCCGACGGACCCCGCGUCCCACCAGGUGUCACAGCGCCUCCUGGUCCAAUCCUCCCGCCCGGAUUUCCCCUUCGGUGUCCCUGGGCCGGGGCGGCGUCGCUCACCCAGCAUUCGGGCGCCCAAGGCUCCAGCUCGCUGCUCCCGCCUCCGGCUGCGGUUCCCACGCCCCGGCACUGAGCGCCCGCCGCCAGGGGCCGCGGGGGUGGCUGGCGGCGGAGCAGCCCGCGGGCCGGGGCAUCCUGGCGGCGGCUGCCGAUAGCCAAAGCACUGCGCUGCGCUCGGCCCCGCCGCCCUCCCUCCCUGGGCACCGCCUCCGCCACGGCCGCGGUCGGCUCUCGCCGUUCGGCUGGCUGCGCUCAGGCGGCCGGGGGCGGGGGGCGGUCCAGGGCGCAUGCCUCUGCCGGGGCCUCCGCGCCGCCCCCUGGCCGCGCCCCGCCUUCCCGGGCGCGUCGCGCUGGCCCCCCACUCCGGGCAGCCACGUAGCCCCAGCAGCCGCAGUGAAGCCCCUUGGAGCGCGCGACAGGACCCGCCCAUGCUGGGGCCUCUUGGGUCUGGGUCACUCGCGCAGCCUCCUCUUGGCCGCCCGGAGUUGAGGGGCGGGGCUCGCAGGCCAGAGAAAGGGGAGCUUGGUCACAGAGAGGACACAGGACAGGGGAUGUGGGGAGUCAGGGAGGAAGCCACGUCAGAUGUUAGCAUCCUUGACAAGAGGGACGGGAUUCAUGCGCCUGAGGAUUACUGGCUUCUAGGAAUCACAGUAGCAGGAGGCAAGGUUCCAACUUAUUACCUGUGCAGCAGAGACCUCAGGAGUGCAGAGAGGACAACAUGGACUCAGCCCUGUCCCCUCUGAGACUCUGACCAACCAAGCUGAUGGGUGACACGAUGGCACAGUCUUCUGGGCCACUCAGGGCUAUGUGGGACAGGGACCAUCCUUUAGCCAGAGCUGUGUGCUCAGGAAGAUGGAUACCUGGGACCGUCAUCAGCUGCAAUCUAGUGGCUGUGCUGCAAUCCACCUCACUCUGUAGCUUACCUUCUGUACCCUGGGGAGUCAGGUGGGCCUUAGGGUCAGUCCUCUGAGACAGAAGUCUUGGUUUUGUAAUAGAGGAACAGUUCAUAUUAA